GCCCCUCGCCCAUCAUUGUGCUCCACUGGUGGCAACAAAAGGUGACACAGAAGGUUGCUCCUUUCAACACCAAUAAAUGGACUCAAACUGCGUCCAAGGAGUGGAUGGUGUCGAGGAGUGCCUGCCGCUCAAAUCCAACGCGCAGCUCUUUGACUUUCGCCGAAGUCCGGUGCGAUGGAAUGAACUGGUUGAGCCAUUGGCGCCAAGAUGUAGGCCUCGACGGCUAGGUGAGGGAUUUGGGACGAUGUCCUUCAUGGAGCCACCUGGGCAGGAGUAUGAGUUCGAGGAGCAACGACCAGAGGUGCUUGUGUGCCACGAUCUAGCAGGAAACUACAGGGUGGAUCGUUUUGUUGAUGGAGCUGAGAAGUGGGAUGACUACAGAUUCUACCACUGGGCAGGAAUUGACUACUUCUGCUACUUCAGCCACAAUUACAUCACAAUCCCACCGCUACAGUGGAUCAAUGCGGCUCACAGGCACGGCGUUAAGGUCCUUGGAACGUUUAUCAUUGAGACACAUGCCGGGAAGAGUGUCCUGGAGGAGAUUCUGCAGUCUGAGGACUACAUGAGGCGCGUAGCAGAUGAGCUAGUCUUCAUCACAACGCACUGCCAAUUCGACGGAUGGCUCAUUAACAUUGAAUUUAGACUGGAGGAGGGAUUAGUUCCCAUGCUCAAACAAUUUGUGAGUUAUUUAACGGAGGAGAUUCAUCGGAAUGUCGGAGGGCUUGUUAUCUGGUAUGACAGCCUCAUUGAUAAUGGCAUGAUUGUGUGGCAGAAUGAAGUUAACGACAAGAAUAGCUCCUUCUUUGAAAUCUGCGACGGAAUCCUUCUGAACUACGGGUGGAAUGAGAAGAAUCUGGAGAACACUGAAGGGCUCAUCUCACUCAAAUAUCCCGGCAGGAAGAAGAAUGUCUUUGUGGGAAUUGAUGUCUUUGGCCGAGGGCAGGUGGCAAAGUUCAAGACACACGAAACCCUCGAGAUGAUCGCAAAGAGAGAUUUCAGUGUGGGCCUCUUUGCCAUUGGGUGGACAUUUGAGGCAAUGCAGGAGGAAUCUGUGGAUAUUUUCUCCCAGCGAGGUAACCCCGAGUGCAACGAAGCCUUCUUCCGGCGCAAUAAUCGCUUCUACUCAUCCUUCUGGACUAAUCUCUACACCAGCGGGCCGUGUGAGCUUCCCUUCUACACAUCCUUCUGCGUUGGAUCCGGGAUGGUGAGGCGAGAACUGGGGAUGGUGGUUUCCUCAUCGCCAUGGUUCAAUUUGCGUCUGCAGCAACCACAGAUGUCCACACCAAUUGAUCAUCCCUACAUUGAGCAUCACUUUGAGGAUAGCUUCGACGGUGGUUCCUGCCUGAGGAUUACCAGUGUCUCCCCACGAGUCUAUCGGCUCUUCUGCGUUGACUUCAACUGCACCAAUGACAUCCUCUUCUCAUUGGCAUUGAAGCGCAGCAACAGAGACAUUGAUCUGGACAUUGUCCUCUUCGUUGUUGAUGCAGCCACGGAAAAGCGCUGCAGAGUAGUCCUCUCGGAGGAUUUCCUGUACACAGAGAGGGUCACAUGGCCAGGAAAUUGCAGCAUGAAGUCUCUCGUGGAAGAGAACUUAAUGCACGUCCAGCAUUUUCUAAACAGAUCCAAUGAGAAGCACAUUCCCGUGAGGAAUGAUGUGAAUGGAUGGGAAACGAGAUUCUACUACUUGAGCUUUGAUUCCUCCAUCAUUGCCCACAUUGUUGAUAUUGGAGUCCGCAUAAGGGGUCAACCUUUUGGGGGUCACUGGAUAAACUUGGGCGCCAUCAGCAUUCACUCAGGGGUCAUUGGGAACCUCGAAUACGAAAAGAUCGAAACGCAGCAGUUUGUGUAGCAACGGAGGGCCCCAUCCACGUACAGGAAGAUCGACCAAGAAAGGAGAAAUUUAUAUACAUUGUACGCAUUUGAAAUAAAAAUAAUCUUGUAUCGAA